AUGAAAAGCUGUUAUUCGUCUGCCAUUAUAGUUUUAGUGAUACUAAGUUUUUAUGUUCCAUGGAUUUCUGCCCAUGAAAAAAAUGAAGUUGAGGGUACAUUGGUACUAGGUCUUACAAGAAAUAAAUUGAAGUCAGUGUCAUUAGAGUUUGAUACUGCAGAUUUGCUUAGGAUUGCACGUAAUAGAAGUUCCAUGAGGUUCCAUGCUCUCAGGAAAUCCAACUAUUAUAGUUUGUUUAGUGUGUUGGAGCCUCUAAGUAUUUAUGAGGAUGAUUAUGUGAUGCCCCUUAGGAUAGGCUCCCCUCCCCAGAUAUUUCAGGCCUACAUGGACACUGGCAGUGACCUUGUGUGGGUGCCAUGUUCGCAGAGCUCCAAAAAAGAUUUCUUUGAUUGCAUAGAAUGUGAACACAAUUCAAUCAUUCCCACCUUCUCCCCAUUGAAUUCACUAUCUAGUAGUCCUGAACCCUGCACUAGCCAUCUCUGUUUGGAUAUCCAUACUUCAGACAAUGAGUAUGAGCCAUGUGUAGCUGCUGGGUGUCCUCUGAGAGCCCUCCUGGAGGGCUCCUGCUCACGCUCAUGCCCACCAUUUUCAUACAAAUAUGGGGAUGGCAUAGUAACAGGUGCCCUAAUGAAGGACCAGAUAAUGCUUCAAGGCCUCCCCUUCCCAAAACAGUCCUACAAUUUUGUUUUUGGGUGUGCAGGUGCUACCUUCAAUGAGGCAGUUGGAAUUGUAGGGUUUGGAAAGGGUGCCCUAUCAUUCCCUUCACAGUUGGCCUCUCUUUUGAGCUAUAAGGGAUUCUCUUACUGUCUAAUAAGCUAUCGUUUUGAACAUAAUUCUAAUGUUUCCAGUCCUUUGAUAUUGGGUGCAUCUGAAAUCAUUUAUGGUGGAUUAAUGCAAUAUACCCCCAUGCUAGACAAUCCUAUGUAUCCCAAUUAUUACUACAUUGGUCUAGAAGGAAUUAUCAUCAAUAACACAUAUCUAGAGGUCCCAUUGAGCUUGCAGGGAUUCGAUUCAGAGGGCAAUGGAGGUAUGAUUAUUGACUCUGGAACCACCUAUACCCAUCUUCCUGAAAAGUUUUAUAAACAAAUUCUCAGCACUUUACAAGAAAUAAUUCCUUAUUCCAGAUCUCAUGAGUAUGAGAAACGCACUGCUUUUGAUCUCUGCUAUCAGACCACCGCCUCACAAAACCAGCAAAGUUUCCCAACUAUAUCAUUUCGUUUCAAAAAUAAUAUCACCAUUGUUUUGCCUUCUGAGAAUCACUUCUAUUCCUUUUCUCCUCCGUCUGUGUCAUCUAAUAAUACUGCUUUGAAAGUGCAUUGUCUGCUGCUUCAGAGUAUAGAGGACGUUGGCGUUGGGCCUGCUGCAAUCUUUGGCAACUUUCAGCAGCAAAACUUUCAAGUUUUCUAUGAUUUGGAGAAGAUGAGAAUUGGAUUUCAGCCAAAGGAUUGUGCGGUUUCUGCUUAA